AUGCCGCACCUCACUGAAGAACAGAGACAGCGCUGGAGAGAGGACGGCUACCUCCUCUUACCACAUUUCUUCGAUGCCGAAGAGACGAAAGAGAUGCUCGAUGAAGCAAAGAAGCUAUGUGACGAGUUUGAUAUCGAAGGGCAUCCUAUGACCACCUUCAAGACAGCGGCAGAUGAUGCUCACGUAGGAGACGAGUACUUUUUGAACUCUGGCGACAAGAUUCGCUACUUUCUUGAACCGAGCUCCGUCUCUCAAGCAACAGCUACUACACCUGCCAAACUCCUCGUCCCUCCCGCCCAAAGUGUCAACAAGAUCGGCCACGCCCUCGCCGUCCUCAAUCCCGUCUUUCGCAAAUACACAUUGGAGACCUCCAAAGUCUCUUCCCUUGCCAAGGAACUCGGAGAGCAGGAAAGUCCGAGGGUGUUGCAAAGCAUGAUUAUCUGCAAACAGCCGAGGAUUGGAGGAGUGGUCCCAUGUCAUAACGACUCGACUUUCUUGUAUACCGACCCCCCGAGCGCUAUUGGGGCUUGGAUCGCUUUGGAAGAGUGCACGCCGGAGAAUGGGUGUCUCUCAUUCUUGCCCGGUUCCCACCGGAAGUCGCGUACCGCAAACCGAUUUGUACGAGCCGAAGGAGGCGGUACCACCUUUGAAGAUGUACCUGGGGUAGAGCCUAAUACAGAGAACUGGGAUGAGAUGGAAGGCUGGAAAGAGGGAGCAUGCCCGCCUGGCACUUUGGUCCUUAUCCACGGGAGCGUGAUGCACAAGUCCCCACCAAAUCCUUCAGACAAGACUAGGAUAAUAUACACUUUCCACAUGAUCGAAGGGGGCAAGGGCGUCAAGUACGAUGAGAAGAACUGGUUGCAGCCGACCGCCGAGAUGCCUUUCAAGGCGCUGUUUUGA